GCCUCUCCCGUGGGGGACUCCCAAGAUGGCAGCGCCCAUGAGCCGCGGCGACGUGUGACAAGUAACGGAGGCGAUCGCGGCCUGGGCUAUGAAGCUGGAGAUCUGUUCCUCUUCGAUGGCUGAGAGCAGCCAGUCCGGCAGGAGGAGAGGCGGAGGGAGGCGGCCUCCGCCGAAGAAGCAGCCGCCGAUCGGGAAGUUCCACAAACUGGGGCUGUCGGUGAAGGGGUUCGUGGAGGCCGCGGCGGGGCCCGAGGGCGACGGCAGUGGCAGCGGCUCCUCCGGGUCCCUUCAGCAGCCGGCUUGGAACGGGCGCCGGAGUCGACGGGACAUGAGGCGAGAGAAGCGCAAGCUGAAGCGAGGGCGGCGGAAGCGGCUCACGAUCGUCAGCGGGGAAGCGAAGAGGCUGCUCCCCUCACGGGCAGGCCCCGUUAGGAAGGGGAUCCCGCCGCCGCUGGAAGAAGAUCGAGAAGAACAAGAAGAAGAAGUGGAAGAGGAGAAGCCGCCGCCGCCGCCACCCGAACUUCAGCCGCGGGCCCAGCAGCCCCGGGCAGCUCCCUCCGCUACGGCCGCGACUCGCAAAAGAGCCUUGCUGGCAGCCAACGAGGCGGAGCAGCGGGAGAUCCGCCGCCUGGAGCGGCAACUGGGGCUCCACAAGCGCCGCAAGAAGCAGCGAGGGGGAGGCGGCCAGGAGGGGGAAGCGGCGGCGGCAUCCUCCUCAUCCUCCUUGCCCCAAAGCUUCUCUCGGGACGGGCUGGAUUACGUGCUGGGAGCGCUGAAGUCCGAGGCCGCUUUCUCGGGCCUCUACGAGAAUGGCGUGGCGGGAGAGGGUGAAGGAAGCGGGAGCGAAGAAGAAGAAGAAGAAGGCCUGAGCCCGGUUGAGGACGGAAGCUCCGGGGAUUUCAGCCCGGAGGAAGGAAGCGAAAGCGAAGAAGGGGAGUCCAGCCAAGAGGCUACCGGGCUGGCUGGGGGAUUCUCGGUGUUCAAACCCGCAGAUCUUAAUGUUGAAAAACAGAGCUGCCAAGCAUGGAGGAGGCCUGAGAAUCCUAACCAAGUUGCUGUAAAGUAUGUUCCUCCUCAAAUGCGAAUUUCCGAAGAGCCAGUAGAUUCCAAAAAGAAAGAAGAAUUGGAAAGACUAAAGAAAACAGUGAAAGGUCUGAUUAAUAGGUUGAGUGAAUCAAAUCUAGCCUCCAUCAGUGGGCAGUUGGAAGAACUGUAUAUGACAAACAGUAGAAAAGAUAUGAAUGAAACAUUAACAGAUAUUCUUAUUGGUGCUUGUGUUAUGGAAUCAGCAGUGCCAUCCCGACUCUUGUUGGAGCAUGUUCUUUUGGUUGGUGUUCUUCAUCAGACUGUGGGAAUCGAGGUUGGUGCUCAUUUUCUGGAAACUGUGGUGAGGAAAUUUGAUGAUGUCUACAAAAGCGAAGCCGAAGGGAAAGAAUGCGAGAACUUGCUGAUUUUAAUUGCUAAUUUAUAUAAUUUUUAUGUAGUGCAUUCAGUGCUGAUCUUUGACAUCUUAAAGAAGCUUGUUAGCACUUUUUCUGGAAAGGACAUUGAACUGAUCUUGGUGCUGCUGAAGAACGUGGGCUUUUCCCUGAGGAAGGAAGAUGCCAUAGGACUAAGGGAACUUAUCAAUGAGGUCCAGAAAAAAGCAAAUGCAAUGGGGAAACAAUUCCAGGACCAGUCAAGGGUUUGCUUUAUGCUGGAGAUUAUGUCGGCGCUAAAAAACAAUGACAUGAGGAAAAUUCCUGGUUAUGACCCAGAACCCACUGAAAAAUUACGAAAACUACUGAGAACAUUGACACACAAUAGUAGUUCCGGAAAAGAAUCUCAGCUUCGUGUGUCAUUGGAAUCUCUCCUCAGAGCUGAUCAGGUUGGUCGUUGGUGGAUUGUUGGGUCCUCUUGGAGUGGUGCUCCAAUGAUUGACAGCACAAACAACAAAACUGAACAAAUACUACCUGUGGGAAAGGUAAACUCAAAGAUUCUGAAACUCGCUUGUAAGCAAAGAAUGAAUACUGAUAUCAGGAGAAAUAUAUUUUGCAUCUUGAUGACAAGUGAAGAUUUUUUGGAUGCCUUUGAAAAACUUUUGAAGCUUAAGCUUAAAGACCAACAGGAGAGAGAGAUAGCCCAUAUCCUCCUAGAUUGUUGCCUGCAAGAGAAGACUUACAAUCCCUUCUACGCAUAUUUAUCCGCCAAGUUCUGUGAAUACGAAAAGCGAUUUCAGAUCACAUUCCAGUUCAGUAUUUGGGACAAAAUCAGAGAUUUAGGAAGCCUGUCCACCACUGCUUUCUGCAACUUAGUUAAACUUGUGACUCACCUGCUAAAGACUAAAUGGCUCUCUCUUACUGUAUUCAAGGUGAUUGAAUUCAGUGACUUAGAUAAGCCAAAAGUUAACUUUCUGCGACAGGUGUUGUCUGCAUUAUUCCUAGAAACGGAACAAGAAGUUCUCAACCAUAUGUUUGAAAAGUUGGCUGACAAUCCCAAGAUGGGGAUGCUACAUGAAGGCUUGAAGCUUUUUCUUACACAUUUCUUGAUGAAAAAUACUCAAGCUCACCCAGAUAUUAAAGAAGGUGCUUUGCUAAAAGAGAAAAUUGAUCUUGUAACUCAAACGCUGAAAGCAAAAGAAUCGAAAGUGAAAUUAUAAUAGCAAGAACAUACUAUAGAGUUUCCCUUAUGAAAAGUAGAGAAAAUAUUUGGGUAAUGUGUCAUAUGAUCUACAAAUGUCAUUGUUGUAUGUAACUUCACAAAAACAUGGAACUAGCUAAGGUUUUAUAUUCAGAUUUAUAUGCAUAUAUUUAGAAAUAUAUGCACAUAUAAAUACUUUUUAAAUAAUCAGGGCUUUUAGACAAGACAAAAUCACAAAUGAACAUUGGGAGUUUGGGCAAAAAAUGAAGUUUUAUUUCAAAUGUACCUUGAUAUUUUACUUUCUUUUAAAGCUACACUUGGAGCAUUGAGUGGGAUUUAUACAUAAUAAAUAGUAAUCAUGUCUAAGUUAAUUUUAUAUAUCUCAUCCCAUUUUAUUCUGUUAGUAAAUUUGUAUCUUGUUUUAAUGCAGAAGCUCAAAUCCCCUACUGUUUUGCUAAAUUACCAUUCUGUAUAAUUUAAAGAUGUACUUUCUACAUACAGUAAAUGAGAAUGUCAUACUUUAAUAAAAAUAAUACAUAAUGUUUAUAUUACUGAUUCAUCUUACUACUAUAACUUAUUUGUACUAGUAAUUCUCCCUUGUGAGGUGGACGGGCCUUGUGUUCUCUUACAGAUCAAUUCGGUAAUGCUGCCAAAAAUACUAUAUGGCUGCAGGGAUCAGAUGUUGAUCUCAGGUAGCUCAAUAAUUUGAAAUAAGUGUAGAUUUGUCAGAUAAAACUCAGAUUCCCCAAAGUCUGUAGGACCAGAAAGCGUACAUGCACAUACACUCCAUACACACACACACACACACAAACAAAACAGGAAUAGAAAUAAAAUAAGGCCAUUUUUUAGAAUGCUCCAGGACCUACAUUUCCUAAAUUGCCAGUCACCCAGGAAUUAGAGCUCCAAGAUAUCUGAAGACAGUAGGUUGGACACAGCUUUAUUUAAUGGCUCUUUCAACUCCACUUGGCCCCAAGGAUAGCCCCUCUGACCCCGUGGGAGAGAGAGAGAGAGAGAGAGAGAGAUUUUUUCCUGGCGGGGGCCUUGUUUGCAGUGUUAGCUGGCAGAAAGCUGCCUUUAGGGCCCAGCUGGGGCUGUAUCAAGAUAAGGACCUUUAUUCCCCUCCAGCUGAGUAAACCAAAAUAAAUGGCGUUUUGGUGGUAAAUCAAGGCGCUCUGUUUAUGGAUGGGGAGUCCCUCCUGAACACAGGAAAGCCCUCCUCCCCCUUUGUCUGGUUGCACCAUAAGCAAAGGCAGUUGCAGGUUAAGUGUCCCUUAAGCAAAUGUGAAAGGGAAAUGAAUAGGCCCAGGUGGGAAGGUAUACACAUCAGGCAUUAACCCUUGAGUAAACUGAGGGUGUCAAUGAUGUUUCUCAGACAAUUCUCUGCAGUUUAUUGCAAAUCAAAGAACUGAAGCAGAAGAGGUGAAGAGCCUGUCAUUUAGCGCACGUACGUGCAUACACACACACAUAACAUUGCUGAACUGUAGGUCCCAGAAUUUCUCAUUAUUAUCUGCUGGCUGCUUAGGAAUUUCUAGAAGUGUUCUAGACACCGUAAAUUUCCGCAUCUUGGAUAUUAAAGGCAGUUCUGGAAAAUCAUCUGGUCACUUCGUAGUGUAGGAAUAGAAAAGGGAGAUUUUUUCCCCCUCUCACAAUAGGCUACAUUCACAUUUCAAGAUCCGUAAUUGAGAAAGCACAAAUAGACAGUCUUGGUUAGAAAUUGCCAUUUUUCAUAAAACAAAAAUGGUGAUUUCCCUCUCAUUUAGACAUCACAUUAAGGUACAAACUUCUCUGUGGCAGAAGUGGAAUAACAGAAUAGACCAUACUGAUCAAUUAUGCUUUACUUACUUACAAUAUCCUGCCAAGUGUUGGUAUAGUUCACCUGAUUCGCAAAAUCACAAACUUCAACAAAUCAUUAUGCAUAUACAACACCUUUUAUUCCCUAUUAAAUGUUGCAGUUAAGCUGUGUUGUCUAAAAUUCUAUUGCUGCCUUUUAUUUUUUUAGCAACUAGUGAUAAGGGGUAAAAGUAUAGGAUAGGCGCUCAGAAACAGAUUAAUAUCUGUGUUACAGAUUCUAUUAAAUGUCAGUCAGCCUUUCCUAUAUUUCCUUGGCAUGCUGUGUGAAAAUGUUACGGGUUGCUAUGUAAAUUCACAAAACUGGGCCAGCUAACCACUUUUAAAUUAAGUAAGGGGAAAUGGGUUGUGUAAAUACAGUCAGUAGAUUUUCUGUUUUUUUUUUUUUUUGCAAAUCUAGCCAAGUACAGUUUACUAAACACAGAUAAACUAUGGUUUUAGGAUGACACAUAAAUCUACCCAUUAACUUGCCAAUCCAGAUUCCAUUGCCCACCAUGGAUAAAUCAAAUUUCUCAGGAUCCCCUCUGCCACUGAAUUGUAAGAUUUGGUAAUGAAAAUAAUGUUUCCUGGCUUUUUUUGUAACUGCUAAGGAAGAACACAUUCCCCAGGAAAAGGACUCAUUUUCCUCUAUCAACACAACCUCUAGAUGACCCUUUCUUCCCCACAUAGUUCACACACCCACAAGCCAAAUAAAUCUCUCUUUACACUUUUCUCAAGCAGGUUCACCAUGGGCCAGGCUGGGAGUU